AUGGGGAAGAGGUCGCGAAAACAGCAGGCAAUUUUAGACACAAAGCAACGGAAACGCCAGCAUUUAGAUAAUGAUCUGUCGAGCGACUGGAAUGCGUUUGCUGGCGAAGAGGAUGUGGACCUGGAGAGCGUGCCUCGCUUUUUCAAUGAAGACGAAGCUAACGAGGCUCUACCUAUAAUUGUCGGCGGUAAAGUCAAGCGGGUUUAUCACGAGGAUAAGGAAAGCAGUUCUGAGUCCGAGCCUGAGUCUGAGGAGGCAGAACCUCAAGAAUCAUUUGGCGGGUUCCAGGACAAAACGCCAGAGCCUGAGCCAGAACCCGAAGAGACUGAGCUGCCUCUAGUGGAGAUCAAAGAACUUAUUGCAGAAUACGCAGAGGCCAUCAGUGAGAAUCCCGAAGAGAAUCUUGGAAAGAUCCGCGAACUUCAAAGAAUGGCAGCGAAAAGCCAUAAAGCUCGAACUCGCCAGGUUAUCAUUAUUUCUCUUUUGAGAAUCUAUAAAGAUGUGAUCCCGGGCUAUCGUAUCCGCCCAUUGAAUGACGAGCAAAUGAAAGAAAAAGCAACAAAAGAGACCCGCCAGUUACGGGAUUUCGAACAACUACUACUAGCUUUGUACAGAUCGUAUGUUGAUCUGGUCACUCUGUUCUUCAAACAGGGCAAAGGAGAGAUCCACGGCAAAAAAUACGCGCUGGCAGCAACGUGUGUCUAUGUUGCAUGCCAGUUUCUGCAGUCUGUUCCGUUUUUCAACUUCAGGUCAGACUGGAUCAAGCUCAUUAUCGAAAAGCUGUCCUCGCAGCGGGUCGAUCAGGGGUUCAAUGAGAGCAUUCAGUGCUUGCGUGAGGUGUUUGAAGAGGACAAUGAGGGUCAUGUUAGUUUCGAGAUCGUUCAAGCUAUGGCUAAAAUGAUCAAGCACCGUCGCUAUAAAGUCGAUUCGCGCGUCAUUGGUACGUUGAUUCACCUUCGUCUUCUUACCGAGCUUGUCGGUCGGGCAGAUCUGGAACGGAUGAUCAAAGAAAAACCGAAAGAUGUGGUCAGAAAAAAGGACCGAGUCCAUUUGACCCGCAAACAACGCAAACAGCGGAAAGAGCAGAAGGAAAUUGACGAGGAAAUGCGCAAAGCCGAGACAGCUGUUUCGGCGGAAAUGAGAGAAAGAAUGCAGGCUCAGACCUUGAAACUUGUGUUUGUACUCUACUUUAACAUUCUCAAAGAGCGUUCCCGGACGCUUAUGCCCGCGACCCUCGAGGGGUUGGCCAAGUUUGCCCAUCUUAUCAACGCUGAUCUCUUUGGCGACCUACUGGAAGUUCUGAGGGAAAUUCUCAGUGAACAGCCUGAGGACGACCCGAACACCCGCCAAACGCUUUUGUGUGUCUGCACUGCGUUUGCUUUGCUGUCAGGCCAGGUUGGUGACAGCAUCAACCUCGACUUGUCGUUCUUCAUCAACAGCCUGUACAACGUGCUCUAUCCCAUGGCAUUGAGCCCAAACAUCGAGCAGAGUCACAAACAUUUAGAGUCAAGCCACAAGGGCAAGCUCACCAGUGAAACCGAUAUGCUCGUUCGUUCGCUGCAGGCUUUGUUUGCCAAACAAAGUAUGGCCAGUCGCCCGCGCGUGCUAGCAUUCACUAAGCGGCUGGCCAUGUGCGCUCUACAAUUCACUGAGCGGACGGCGCUGGUGACCUGCAACGUUAUGGAUAUGAUGAUCAGAAAGCACCCGUUCGUCAAGGGCAUCUACACUACCACAGACCGCGUCGCCAGAGGAGUCUACAACCCCACUGCUGAUCUCCCGGAGCACAGCAACGCUGAGGUCUCCACUAUCUGGGAGACGGCCAUCCUCCGCCAUCACUACAGCCCCAAGGUUGCUGCAGCAGCCGAAAAACUGAGCCAAACGCGAGAGUAG